AUGGACUCGCCAGGCUCAGAUCUCUCAGACUAUGCCUCAGAUGACUUCCCCGAGGAUGUCAAGGGCCGCCAUCACAGCAUGGAGCCCACCCCGGACGACCACGACCACGACCACGACCUCGACCAGCGCCCCAACAAGCGGCCACGCCUGAAUCUGCGCCAGCCCUCGUCUCCGCCAGCCCACAUCAACAUCAUGCCUCCAGGCGAAGAUGAGGAUGUUUCAGAAGACACCGACGGCUCGGUGCCCGCGUCGCCCAACCACCACCCGGGCAUGUCGCAAGACGACGACUUUGGCCAGGACCAGGUGACGAUGUGCAAGUGGGAAGGUUGUCAGGCGGGCGAUCUACAGAACAUGGACAACCUAGUCGAGCAUCUGCAUGACGACCAUAUUGGGACGCGGCAGAAGAAGUACAGCUGCGAGUGGAGCGAUUGUACGCGCAAGGGCAUACCGCAUGCCAGUGGCUAUGCGCUGAGGGCGCAUAUGCGGAGUCACACGAGGGAGAAGCCCUUCUACUGCACAUUGCCAGAAUGCGACCGCUCCUUCACCCGUUCCGAUGCUCUAGCUAAGCACAUGCGCACCGUUCACGAAACUGAAGCCCUCCGCCCUUCCGAUCCCGUCCCUAAACACCACUCCUCCAACCCCUCCAACAAGUCCCAGCGCUUGAGACUCGUCCUCAACUUCGACGCCAAGAAGCCUCACGACAAAGGUUCCACGCCCGCCUCUCCCUCCUCACAUUCUCAUGCGCCCAACAGCGCAACAGGCCCACCCGCGCCCCCUUCAGACGCCGACUACGCCCACAACAAUGUCACCUACUUCCAAGAUCUUGCGAGUCCGAAUGCGCCGAUAAUGGUGCAGUUUCCGCCCGACGUAGAUUUCACGCCUGAAGAGCUUCGUCUACCCGCGCCAGAGCUCUUCAAACUCCUACGCCGGCAACUGAACUGGGCGACCCAAGACGGCGAAGAGCUCCGCGCAGAAGCAGAACACCUGGAGCGCCAGCGCAAAGAGGAGUGGGAGGCCAAGGAAUUAUUGGUCGAGAAUCACAUGGAAGCCCAAGCCGCAUAUUAUGAGCGGAGACGGAGGGAUCAAGGACUGCCAGCCGAGCUUGAAGGAUUUCCACUUGUGCAGGAGGAUGUGGGGCCCUCUAGGCAACUAAAGCUCGCGCCAAAGGACGGGAAACUACCUUGGUGGCGGGAGGAUGCUCAGUCGCAUGGACAAGCGGACGCGCUGGAUAUUAAGGAGGACUUGUCUGGCAGUAGACCACUACCGGCAGACAUCAGGCACGAGGAAUCGAGGCCGCAACUUCCGGUGGCUUAG